UCCAAACCGCCCAGUCCCACAUUCCUUUAUUUUGAUAUAUAUUUGUUUAUUUUAUCUAGGGACUGUGGCUUUCUCAAAAUGGCAUUCGCAAGUAUCAAUCGAACGCCUGUGAAUAAGAAGCUCAGCGUCCCGGCGAUUGAAGAGGCAUUCGCCGCGGAACCGCUUCUCAAGGAACGAGUCUACGACGCGAUCGAAAUCGUCCCACAACAGAAACCAAUUUUCGAAGACAUUGCUAGAUACACCACCAGCCUGCUGGCCAGGAAUGCGAACACUCAAUCCCAACAUCACACCGUCCCCAUCGACACGAAAACAACGAGCAACGACGACGGCCCAGCCGCGAAGAAACGCAAGCUGCAAAAUGGAGAUGCGCCGGAGACUGCUGCGCAGUCAACUCUCGACUUGAAAACAGAGUCGUCGCUUCAGUUCUACAUGCCGGAUAUUUCGUUUGCUAUUCCACAGAGGAAGAAGUUGACGCUUGAGUUUACUGGUGGACAGAGGUUCCUUCGCACGAGGAACCAGACGUCGAAGGAGGUGGAGUUUGGAGUGCCUAUGGAUAAGAUUCAACACGUUCUGUGCCUUCCUGUGCCGGAGAAGAACCAGAAACAGUCGAACUUCUGUAUCAUUCCCCAAUAUAGCGAUGGGAUCAACCCGCCUCCCGAAGGCGAGACUGCCUCCGAAGCCCAGGUGUUCACGGUCAACGACGGGCCUCCCAAAGCUGCAUACUCAGGGACAGGGCAGCCGGUUACCAUUGGUGAGGGUGAUACAGCUGAGAAGCUGAUCCGACGGAUAUUAAACGACAAUCUGUCGCAAACUAAGGUAAUAGGGCCGGAUGAGAGGGAAUUCGUCAGUGCCACGCCCGAGGCACACCGCAAGGGAGAGAAAGCCUAUCACGUUAAGGCAUUCCGUGGUAGCAAGGAGGGCUACCUCUUCUUCCUAUCUACUGGCAUUCUCUUCGGUUAUAAAAAGCCAUUGCUCUUCUUCGCCUUUGAGAACAUUGACUCAAUUUCAUACACAUCCGUCCUUCAACGAACAUUCAACCUUAACGUCGUCGCCCGUCCUACCACCAGCGACGAGACCCAAGAAUUCGAAUUUUCAAUGGUCGACCAAGCAAACUUCUCGGGUAUCGACACCUAUAUUAAAACACAUGACCUCCAGGACGCUAGUCUUGCCGAAGCCCGCCGCGCAAAACGCUACAAUGUCAACAAUGUGAAGACGGAGAAUGGCGCUGAAGCUGCCGAUGCCGCUGCUGCCGAUGGUGAAGGAGAAGAGAGUGAGCUACAAAAGGCACAGCGAGAGCUUGAGGACGAAGAGGACGAGGACGAAGAGGACUAUGACCCCGGCAGUGAUGCGGAUAGCGGUGGAAGUGGCGCUAGUAGUGAGGAGGAAAGUGAAAGUGAAGGCGAAGAGGAUGAGGGUGAUGAUGAAAAUCUAGUGGCUGGUGAAUUGGGGAGUGAGGUGGAGGAUGUUCCAGAGGAUGAAUUGUAA